UUCUUCGUCCCUUUGGAACUUAUCUCGACCUCAAAAGGCCAUCGAUAUCUCCAGUACCUCAAUCUCUCCAUCUGCCCUCAUUGUCAAUUUCCUUCCCGUUCUAUACAGCCCUCUUCUAUUGUUUUCACUUCCAUCACACUUUGUAUUAUUGUUUCUGUUUCUGUUUCUGUUCUUUUUCUAAUUCUGUUAUCAUAUAUCUAUCACGAACUCAACAUCAUCACGCGCCAAACCCCAAAACGUUCUCCGCAAAACCCACAUAUAACCUUUCAUCGACUCCAAUCUAGUUUACAGCGAUGAUUCACCCUAUCCAAGCUUUAAGCGCCUACAUCUACAAAUAUUGCGAUAAAACCUCUUCUCGCCAUGUCAAUGACCAAGCCAUUACCCAGGUUUCCCACAGCAAAGCCACUCGAGCACUCACUGCUCCUCAAGCAAACACCUCAGAUGUUUCAGAACCGCCACCUUACGGAGAUGUACUUCCGCCACCUGCCUACCAGACAAUCGUUGGCCGACUCUGUCUCAUCGAUCGAACCGACCAAACUUUCAAAAUCUAUCAAACUGAUUUGAUGAUGCUCAGCCGAGAGUGGACCCGGCGAUCACAACUAAAGAGGGACGCACUUGAAUCGGUUAUCGGUGGACCGAAAAUGGCACCACGAAGAGUGGUCAUCAUGAUCGAUCUGUUUAUGUCAAUAGUCCAGCACCAACCCUGUCCUCGGCCUAACGGGGCGCCUUCCUGUGAAUGUCGAAUCAAGCGAUGGGCGUGUCUGAAGCAAGAAUGGAUUGAAGUCAUGUUCCUUCUAGGAAACCAGUGUUAAAAAACUUCGCCAAUCAUCAGUACAUACCGAGUGCCCGACUCGCAAAUCAGUCAUCCGGUCCACCAUCCAUAGCUCUUUGAGGAUCCAGUGCUUAUUGAGCACCAAUUGUUGCGAUGCGCACCGCGCUCUUUUGCGGUUACGGAUCAAAUUGGCUGAUGAUAUGCCAUUGUAUUUUCUCUGAUGAAGUAGAAAAUAACCAAAAGUAUAGGGGAUGUUUUUGUAUCAAUUGAACGAAAAAAUCUUGUCGAUAAAUCUCUUUUUUUUCCUAUCCGGAUUCUGUUGUCAUAUAAAUAUGUAUUGUUGUGAUGUUGAAAUCUACUUGUAAAAACAAUUCUUCUCUUCAUAACAUUUCCACUUUGCUGUACCGUUCUGUCUCUCUACCCAUGAACACUACUGUAGUUCUAUCUUCACUUUCAUUCAUCUUUUUUGCCCCUCAUCAACUUUGAAGUUGAGCGUUUCUUUUCUCUUUUUCUUUUCUCUUUGCUUCCAAAAAAUAUUAUAUUCUGAACACCAAAAAUGCCACAGUGCAUGGCACAGAUGUUUUUUU